CUUCUAAUUCCCCCACCAGCCCCCAUGCGGCCCUGGUGAUCAGUUCCUUCUGGAUAUGGCCUCAAGUUUUACAUCUCCAGUGCUGGUGCAGGAACCCGUCGCCGCCACCAUCACUGACCUGACUGCCGAAGCCUCCCCCGACAGCGCGUAUAGUACGAGACGAGCAAGCCUCAACGCAUCCAUAGUGCCCAAGAUGGAAGACGACGAUGGGGAGCACUGGGAGACGUCGUCGCUAGUUGAGGAGAUCCUCGACGAGGUCGACGCUUUCGAUUACUGCGGAAAGGAUUGCUGCACAGCUCAAGAAGCGCGCGACUACCGCCAUAAACUGCAUGAUAUGGGCGCCGGGCCAUUUGUCUUCGAGUACAUCACCAAGGGCCAGAUCACGGCGAAGAAGCUAUGCACUGCCUUCGGUGUUCGCAUACCCAAGUUUCUGGAAGGACUGCCCGAUCCCAGUUACUACCAGCUGCUCGGCCAUGCGAUUAGCAGGGAGCUGAACAAGCGGCGUCGUCUCUCGCAGUAUAAGGAUAUUGACGAUGCUGCGCGCCUGCUACGGGAGAAGAAGAAUAUACUAGUAAUAACUGGCGCCGGGAUCUCCACUAGCCUCGGCAUUCCCGAUUUCCGAUCGAAAAACACCGGGUUCUACUCCAAGCUAAAAGAGAUGGGAUACGACGAGCCGGAGCAAGUAUUCGACAUCAAGAACUUCGACGAAGACCCAACCGUCUUCUACAAUCUUGCUGGAGACAUUCUUCCUGAUCUGGAAAAAUGGACCCCAACCCACGAAUUCAUCCGACUACUCCAGGACAGGGGCCAACUUCUCACGAACUACACCCAAAACAUCGACAACGUGGAAAGCCACGCCGGAAUCCGUAGGGACAAGCUGAUCCAAUGCCACGGCUCGUGGGCGACCGCGACGUGCCGGAAGUGUCAGUUCAAGAUCCCGGGUGAAGAGAUCUUCGACGAAAUCAAAUCCCACACGGUCGCGUAUUGCGAGCGAUGCAAAGAGCGACUGCGGCAGGACGAUCUCAAAGUCCCGCGCCCGGGCAUGAAGCGGAAGCGGAGCUCGAAUGGCACGAAGGGUAAGCGAAAGCCGGCUGGUGCAGACGACGACGACGAUUCCGAUGGGGCGUAUGAUAUUCCCCAGCCUGGGGUCAUGAAGCCUGACAUCACGUUCUUCGGCGAAGGCCUCCCCCAAGAAUUCUUCGACCGCCUCCGCGAGCAAGAUAGAGACAGAGCCGACCUCGUCAUCGUAAUCGGUACGAGCAUGAAGGUCGCGCCUGUCUCCGAGAUUCCGCAGAUCAUCCCACCAGACGUGCCUCAGAUCUACAUCUCACGUGAUCCUAUUCACCACAUCAACUUCGACAUCAACCUCCUCGGCGACUGCGACGCUGUAGUCGGCGAGCUCUGCCGCCGCGCCGGGUGGACCCUGCACCACAAGAUGCUGGAUAAAGACCAGAAAGUUGACGUCCAGCCGGUGGAGGACUUCGAGCAGACGUUCUCGGUUAGAGUGAGGCAUUGAGAUGCAGCUGCUAGGUGCUGGGAGCCUGUUCUCUUCUUCUGUUUCCUGGUGUCGGCGGCCGGUGGCGUUAAUGCGUUCGAGCAUACCAGGUGUUCUUUUGGACGGUGCACUGCAUUUGCAUUGGGAAAUCGAUCAUGACGGGGGUUCUGUUGGUGGUUGGUGGUGGGCAAGGGGGCUUCGGUAUUGGGGAGUUCAGCCUUUCAGGGGUCUUAUGGGAUGCUUGUUCAGUUGGGCCUGGCUAGAGCCAGUUCGUGUAGGCCGAGGCUGUGGAUGGAGUUCAGGCGAGCGAGCGAGCAAGCCCUUUCAAGGGGCGUUAUGACUUGUGCGAUAGAGACAAGGGCGCGGCUCGAAGGGGG